AUGCAGUGGUGCAGGUGGGCCGGAGGUUGGCGAUCACACCUACCAAGACAGUCUGCUGGGCCGGAGAUAGAGGACUCUUUCGACUUUCUUUUUAAAAUCAUCCUGGUUGGGGACUCAGAUGUAGGGAAGACCUGUGUUGUUCAGAGCUUCAAGUCUGGAAUCUUCAUUGAGAAGCAGCAAAACACCAUUGGGGUCGACUUUACUGUUCGUACCCUGGAUAUUGAUGGCAAGAAGGUGAAGAUGCAGGUGUGGGACACAGCUGGACAGGAGCGUUUCCGCACCAUAACUCAGAGUUACUACCGCAGUGCCCAUGGGGCAAUGGUGGCCUAUGACAUCACACGCCGCACAACAUUUGAAUCUGUUCCCCACUGGGUCCGGGAGGUAGAGCAGUUUGGAGCAGCCAGCGUGGUUGUGAUACUCAUUGGUAAUAAGUCAGACCUCCAUGCUCAGAGGCAGGUGUUGUUUGAGGAUGCGUGCACUCUGGCAGAAAAUAACAGUGUGCUUGCUGCUCUGGAGACGUCAGCCAAGGAGGCCCAAAACGUGGAGGCAGCCUUUAUCCUAAUGGCCCGGGAGCUGCUGGCACGUAAUGGCAUGACUAUCAUAGACGAGGCUGCCCAAGAUUCGUCUCAGUUUAUCUUGAGCAGCAACUCACACCCAGUUCACGGCUCCGAGGCCUCAGAUAAAAAGUGUGGAUGCUGAAGGAACUGAAGUAACAGUUGUAAAAGAAAGUGUGUUUGACCAGAUAAAGUUGGUUAGUUGUAGGAUUUGUUGUAUUCUGUGUGUGUGAAUCUAAGUUUUAUAUUUGUUUUGACUUUUAAUAUUUAUACCUUGAGUAGAAUCAGUGUAAGAAAGGUUUUAUAUGA